AUGGCUUACUCAAGGGGACCAGAAUACACGUUUUUUCAUGGAGUAACUAAAGCUCGGAAGGCUAGGAACUGUAUUCAGAAGAUUACAGAUACAAAUGGAAUCAUCCACCGCAAGGAUGAAGCAAUUGCAAGUGUUGCUGAGGAUUAUUUUCGAACAUUAUUCACCACUACUAAUCCAAUGUUUUUUGAUGAAGUUUUCCAUGGCAUUGAACAAACAGUUACAGAUUCCAUGAAUAGUGAUCUGACGGCAGAGGUAACAGAAAAGGAAGUGAAGGAUACUUUAUUUCUCAUUGGUUCGGAUAAAGCACCGGGAUCAGAUGGUUACACUGCGGCUUUUUAUCAACAAUUCUGGCCAGAAGCAGCUUUUGUUCCGGGUAGAAACAUCACUGAUAAUAUUUUAGUUGCACAUGAACUUGUUCACGCUCUUAAGUCGAAGAAUGAUUGCUCCGAGAAUUAUAUGGCGAUUAAGACAGAUAUCAGCAAAGCCUAUGAUAGGGUGGAAUGGGGUUUCUUGGAAAGAAUUAUGCAUCCCAUGGGGUUUGAUAUUAAAUGGAUCACUUGGGUAAUGUCUUGUGUUACUACAGUCUCUUACUCAGUCUUAAUCAAUGGUGUUUCAUAUGGGCAUGUACUUCCUUCAAGAGAAGUUCUCAGUCAGCUUAUAGCAUGGGCACAAAGGAAUAAUCUCUUUAGCGGCAUGAGCAUCUCUGGUCAAAAAGUCAAUUAUACUAAAUUUUCUAUCAUAUUUGGAGCACGUAUACCUGAAGACCAGAAAAGCACAAUGCAAGAUAUAUUGGGAAUAGCACAGAUUGGAGGAGAAGGAAAAUAUUUAGGUUUGCCAGAGCAACUGGGUAGAAGCAAGGUGGACUCUUUUGAGUUUGUUACGCAGAAGCUAAAAGAUGCCAUUGGAGGAUGGUACAACAAUUUCCUCUCCCCUGCAGCAUCAUUUCUGAGUUUUGGUGGGGCACAGAUGAUGGGAAAAGAAAUAUCUCAUGGAUAG